GUCACUCUCACAAGUACUAGCUAGUGUACCAUAAUAUCAAAUCUAACUUCUGCUGCGACGCGGCUCCUCGAUCCAAAACCACUAUCGUACUCACCACCAAACAAUUCGAAGACGUGCCAUGGCAUCAACGAUCAAGGAAUGGAAAGACAAGGUCGUCUUUGUGCUGACGGCCGAUGGUAGAAUCAUAGUUGGGCAACUGGUGGGUCAUGAUCAAGUUCAGAAUCUCAUUAUGAAUGACGCUCAUGAGCGAGUGUACAGCGCGGACGAAGGAGUGGAAAAGGUGCCAUUGGGAUUGUACGUGAUUCGGGGCGACAAUCUAUGUCUCAUUGGGGAGUACGACGAAUCUAAGUUCUCCGAUGAUCAAACAGCGCCAGCACCAAUACCACCCAUUCAGCAACAAAUCUUUUGAGAUGGUGUGGGGGGUGUUUCUUUGGAAAUUUAUUUAUUGGAAUGCAUUGGAGGGGGUAUGAUGACCCAACAAAAUGGACUUUCUUGCCAAGAACCAAAAGAGGUUUCCAUGCCCGAACCUGAUCUGGCUACAUACAUUUUAUUAUUGGGGCCCUGAAAUCGAUUCACGGCGACAAGACACGGCAAUUUGCAAAUCUUACAAUCUCCUCCAAAUCCAUGAAAAGUUGGUUGCUUCGAUGCAAUCCGCACAAAAUCUUUAUUAAGCUACCUUUACCUUUGGUCACAUCGUUGGUGAGUUGCCUGUGAAUCACAUCCUCCGAUUCUUUGACGAGGCUGAUGAUAAAACACAAAUUAAUAACAGGGAGUAUCGAGAAAUAAUUGGAACCAAAUUGCGCAGUUUUUGUGUAAUCUUCACCUCUUGGCCACGACGCAUUGGUCCAUAUUUUAGUUUGCUAGUCAUCUAUCUAAGCAUUCAUCAGAUUCUGGGU